CUGAAGCAUGCGCCUUGUCAUUUUCAUUGGUCGGCCAGUCAUAGAUUAAAAUUAAAAUAAUCUGCCAAUAAUCUGGUUGCCGCUCAAUUCUAGUCUGUGAUAAGCCUAUUUUAAUGUGUUAGUGGAUAGUUUCAUGUGCAUUUAAGUGAAAAAAUUAUUGAACAUGAUUAUCAAAGAAUACCGAGUCACACUUCCUCUAACAGUUGAAGAGUAUCAAGUGGCCCAGUUAUACUGCGUGGCGGAGGUCUCCAAAAAUGAAACCGGCGGAGGUGAAGGCAUAGAGGUCAUAAAGAAUGAACCGUUCAAAGAUUAUCCACUGCUCGGUGGAAAAUACUCGUCUGGACAGUACACGUACAAGAUCUACCAUCUGGCGUCCAAAGUUCCGGCCUUCAUCAGGCUACUUGCUCCGAAAGGAUCUCUCGAAGUACACGAAGAAGCGUGGAACGCCUACCCGUACUGUAGAACAGUGCUGACGAAUCCCGGUUACAUGAAGGAAAACUUCGUUAUAUGUAUAGAAUCGCUGCAUUUACCGGACGCCGGCGACCAAUACAAUGUCCAUGAGCUGCCGCCUGAGAAACUAAAGACCCGCGAGGUGGUCCCCAUAGACAUAGCGAAUGACCCCCUCCCGUCGGCCGACUACAAAUCGGAGACCGACCCGACCAAGUUCAAGUCUACGAAGACUGGCCGCGGACCGCUCGUCGGGCCAAACUGGAAGAACGACGUAAAACCGGUCAUGACGUGCUACAAGCUCGUCACGGCCGAGUUCAAAUGGUUUGGUCUCCAGAAUAAGGUAGAGAAUGUCAUCCAGAAAUCGGAGCGACGAUUGUUCACAAUCUUUCACAGACAAGUGUUCUGUUCGAUGGACGACUGGUACGGAAUGACGAUGGCCGACAUCCGAGCUAUCGAGGACCGCACCAAGGAGGAGUUGGAGAAGCUGCGGCGCGAGGGAGAGGUGCGCGGCAUGCGGGCCGACAACGAGUAGAUAGACGCACGGCGCCCGCACCGCACCGCACACACGAGAGCUGAUUGAAUUAUGAAUUCAACUUGGUUACUUAGGUACGUUGACUAAAUAUUCCUGUGAGUAUAGUACAUUAUAUUAAUGAGGCCUAUAAAACCAAAACGCAGCUAAAUCCAAUUCUGUCAAAUAUUCAGGUAAACUACAAAUAACGUCCUAAACACGUCAUUACGGAUCCUCCCGAUCCACCGAAGUACUGCUCUUGCUAGGGCCAGUGUU